AAGCCUCAACACCACCACCGAUGUUCCAGCAUCAGUUCUGAACUGAACGGGCCGCCAGUGGAUCAGCAGAAGAAGUAAGAAGAGAUUCUUCGCAGCAGUUCUGCAUAUACGCGUGAAGCUGCAGCCUCUACUGGCUGCACUGUUGAGCGCUCGUCAGGGGAGCGGACCUGCAUUCUAAAGCAAACCUCGUUUGGACAUUGCAGUCCAGUCACGUAGUCGGUUUUCCUAUUUGCCUCUGCCACAAGAACAGUGAGAUGAAGAGUGUGCUUCAAUGACCACGACAUGACAAGAAUCAACAGCGUUUAAAGUGUUCUAUCGGGCGUUCUUUUAAUUGCCCUGCACCAAUCUGAUGCAGUGGCGAAGUCUCUCGGGGGCUAUGCAAUCACCUGGGUUCGGCAGAAGGAUGUUGUGGGUUACACUGCUGAGCACAAUUGCUCUAGGAUGGACAACCCCAAUCCCUCUGUUAGAUGACUCAGAGGAAAUAGACGAGCCUUGCUUCGAGCCCUGUGACUGCGAGGUGAAAGAGGGCCUGUUCCACGUCCAUUGUGACGGCAAAGGAUUUACAAAUGUCAGCCAGGUGUCACAGUCCUGGCUGAGGCCUUUUAAGCUGUACCUGCAGAAGAACUCCUUACGCAGACUUUACUAUAACAGUUUUCUGCACUUGAACAAUGCGGUGGCGAUUAAUCUGGGGAACAAUGCUCUGCAGGACAUCCAUGUUGGGGCUUUUCACGGGCUCAGGGCCCUCAAGAGAUUGUACCUCCAUGAAAAUAAGCUGGAGGUGUUCCGCAACGACACGUUCCUCGGACUCGAGUGCCUGGAAUACCUCCAGGCCGACUACAACGUUAUCAAGAGGAUAGACAGCGGGGCGUUCAGGAACCUGCACAAGCUGCGGGUGCUUAUCCUGAAUGACAAUUUGAUACCUGCACUGCCUGGCUUCCUUUUCAGAUCAGUGUCUCUGACACACCUCGACUUGCGUGGAAACCGGCUUAAGGCUCUGGCCUACCGGGGCACACUGGAGUAUAUCGGUCGCAGCCUGAUGGAGAUCCAGCUCGAGGAGAACCCAUGGAAUUGCAUCUGCGACAUCGUGCAGCUACAGGCGUGGCUGGAGCGCAUUCCCUACACGGCGGUGGUGGGCGAGAUUACCUGCGAGCAUCCCUUCCAUUUGCACGGGAAGGACCUAAGGGAAAUAAAACGAUCAGAGCUCUGCCCCGCCAUGAGCGAGGCGGAGGUGGAGGCCCGUUUCGGGAUCCCCCAUUUACCGUUCUACACGGGGAGAGCCAGGCCCACAAAGCCCUCCUCCAUGUUCUCUGUCAACCAUAACACUGCCUCGUCUGAGCAGAAGGACAGACCCCUGAAGCCUACCAAAAGGCCCAGGCCCUCCAAGACGCCACCUACCCCUCGCAGUGUGUUCCCCAAUCAGCCUCCCAUUGCCGGCUAUCAAACCAGACCCCCCAUCCCAAUCAUCUGUCCAAUCGGCUGUACAUGCAACUUACACAUAAAUGACCUUGGGUUAACAGUCAACUGUAAAGAGAAUGGUUGUCGCAACAUCUCUGAUCUUGUGCCACGACCCCUUAAUGCCAAGAAGCUAUAUUUAAGUGGGAAUCUAAUACAGAAAAUUUACAAGUCUGACUUCUGGAAUUUCUCCAGUCUGGACUUACUGCACCUAGGUGACAAUCAGAUAGGUUAUAUACAAGAAGGAGCCUUUGUAAAUUUGCCAAAUUUAAGAAGUCUGUAUUUGAAUGGGAAUAAUAUUGAGGCUCUAACGCUUGACAUGUUCCAUGGACUUCAGAGUCUGCGUUACCUGUACUUUGAGUACAACGAGAUCAGAGAAAUCCGCCCAGCUGCCUUUAGUCUAAUGCCCAUGCUGCAGCUGGUGUUUCUCAACAACAACCUCCUGCGAACGCUUCCCAAGGGGGCAUUCGCGGGCACCUCCCUUGCCCGUCUUAACUUGCGGAACAACUACUUCCACAUCCUGCCCAUCAGCGGUGUGCUGGAGCACCUGCAGGCGGUGGUCCAGAUCGAUCUGAACCAGAACCCCUGGGACUGCACCUGUGACAUAGUCCGCCUCAAGCAGUGGCUGGACACGCUCAGCUCCGUGGUGGUGGUGGGCGAGGUGGUCUGCAAAACCCCAGAGCCGCUCGCAGGCAAAGACCUGCGCUCCCUCCCUGUGGAGUUCAUCUGUCCCGAGCUCAGGCUCUCCUCCCCCUCCCCUGUCUCGUUUGGUAAUGGCGUCUCGUCCAGCUACCCGGCGCCGGACCCUCAGCCUGCCAAGGCGGUCAUCCCGCUGUCGGUGCUCAUCCUGAGCCUGCUGGUGCUGUUCGUGUCGGCCUUCUUCGCGGCGGCGGCACUCUGUGCGUACGCGCUGAAGCGUCGGGAGAAGCUGCCCUUCAGGAAGCAGGGGGAGGUGGGGCUGACCGGGAUUCAGAUGGAGUGUGGGAUAUUCCCCGAGCAGCCUCCCGCCAUGCCCGAGACGCCACCCUCCAAUCACGUGUACGACAGCAUCGCUGCCCCUAUGGUGCACAUGUGCAGCAACCCCAUUUACAAACCCAGACCGGAGGACACCGAGCAGCAGCAGCAGCAGCAGCAGCAGCAGCAGCAGGAGCUCCCAGAGAGAAAAGAGAGCAGGUCAAAUUACAGAACACUGGCAGAGAAGGAGGAAGAGUGGACCAUGGCUGUAUCCAGCUCACCCAUAAACACCAUUGUGGGCAUCGGAUCGCCGUGCCGAAACAUAGCAGGCUUUCACGGGAAUGGGAUUCUCUGCCCGACGGUGAUUGACAGCCAGGGGCCCACUCCAAAGGUGGGUUUUGUGGAUAGCCUGUUUGGCACCAAAUCCCGGUUUAGUGACAUGCCAGACAGACACGCGCACCCGCCCCCUGAGUACCCGCACGCCAACCAGGACGCCAGGCAAAAGCAAACGAUCACAAUCGAGACAAGGACAGGAUGUCCCAAUCAAACCCAAAGUGAUUACCCCGAGUUGAGGGCCAGACUGAAAACCAAGAUGGAUUACAUUGAUGUGCUGGAGAGGUCAUAUCAAUUUUAAUACGUGACUGAUAAAAAAGCCCAUAUCCAGAGAAAUAAAAAAUGGUAAGACUGAGGAGAAAAUGCUGCAGUCCAUAAUAAGUGUUUUCUCCUUAAGUUGCUCCGGAGGAAACACAUUACUCAGAUUUGUAUCAAGUGCCUUCACAAAAGAGCAGCCAGCAAUGUUGUUAAUUGUUAUUUUUCUACGGCCACAGUUUUAUUUAUCUAAAUCUAGAUAUAUAGGUGUGAAAGGUGAGGCACUAGUGCAGCUCUACAUGUACAUGUCGGUGUGCACCUGGAAAAGGGCGUGUCUUUAUAAAAAAUAUAACUUGGUUUUGGCUUUUAUCCUGUUUGCAUAUGGACUUCUGGAACAUGUGUUUCUUGAACUGAAAAUUGUCCUCCAACAAAUAGGUAUAUAGCAGUUAUUGUAUAACUGUCAAGCGCUUUGUUGAUUAUGUAUUUUCACAAUGAAUAGAUUGUCUUUAUUGGGACUUUACUGAUCAGUGAAAUGGACCCAGACAAGGUCAGAACACUGAAAUUGCCAGAGACGUCUGGAACAUUCAUUCACCACAGAGAUGGUACCUUUUUUUGUUCCAUCUUGCAAAUAUUAGAUCAAGAAUGUGCAUAUAUUUAUUCUUAGAUUUCAGUAUUGACAUUAUUGUAAAAUGUUAAAUCAGUGUAUAAUGACUAUGCCUCUGGUUUAGCUUUCCAUACAAAAAUAUGAAUACAAUAAAGGGUGCUUAUCUUAAA